AUGGCGCAGACUUGGUUCCAUGCCAUGACCAGCAGCGGCAGCCUGGAGAUGUACAUGAAGAACCUCGAGUUCCAUGUUUCCAUGGAGGCUGCCAUCAAGGACCAGAUCAAGCACGUUGGCCGAAAGUUUUUUUCCAUCAUUUCUCUGUCUGUGGAGGCUAUGCAGGGCCGAGUCGAGGAUCGCACAGUCAUCCUGACCAAUUCUGGCACCAUGAAGGUGCCACAGCUGGAUUUCAGCGAGUGUAGCUGGGCCAACAUCGAGGUGUCAAAGGUCAAGCUGGACGUGGUGUGCGUUCCGAUCGAUGAUCCGAAGAGUACGGUGUACACAUGGUACAUGGCUGGCUCAGCGGAGACGCGGCGUGUGGAGACUUUGCUCAAGAGGUACAUGCUCAAGGUGUUUGGGCGCAAUGAGGGGCCCGUCGGGAAGUUCAUCCACAUCGAGAAGUCGCCCAUUGCGGUGAUGAGCGAGGUGGACACCGAGUCCCGUGCCAAGCGCAUGAAGAAGCUCAGUGCAGACAUGGGCAAUCACAUGGACGAGCUUCGAUGGUUCCUCUACGAGUACGGCGAUGCUCGCAAGGAUGCUGCUGGGAAGGUCGACAACUCUGCCGAGGAAACUGCGCUGCUGCGAGAUGCCAAGACAAUGGUGAAAAUCAUGGAUGAGACGAUGGGCGGAGCCGGCAAUGUGGCAGCAGGCGCGGCGACCCGCGGAGACGGCACGGCGAGCGCGGCGAGCGUGGAGAGCGCGGCGAGCGUGGCAAACGAGUCGGAGAACGGAGCGCUGGUCGCCCCGUACCGCGCGUUUGUGCAAGGCGGCCUUCAGGCCUCCGCAGAUCCGAACCCCAUUCGGGCGAUGCUUCUCGGCUCCUCGGUCGCAGCAGGCGAGUUGACCGCGCUAUGGGGCCGUUCUGCCUCGGUGUCGCCGCGAUUCGCUCGCCUUUGGUGGCGCGUGACUGCUGGCGCUGUGGUCCUGGGCCGAUGCGUGGCCUUGUUGGCCUUUGCCUGGGCACGCGGAGUGUGGGCCGAGGAGCUGGCACGGCUCCCAGCGGCAGUCUCUGGCGCCUUCGCCGUCUUCGGUACCGCUUUCUCGCUGCUGACGCUUCUGUGGUGUGCGCAGCUCCUCGCCGACUGCUCAAGCGACCUCGUGGCCGCCAGAAGGCCGCCCUGA